UCUUGGUGGUGUACGUGCAGCACAAGGGAAUAACCAUCAUCUUAAACAGGCUCCGCCGUGGAGUGCUGUAACCGUCGCAACGAAACCGGAUUUUGUCUACGCUAGUGUUUGUUUGUACACAUCCAACGCGACCGGCGAUCGACGAUCUUGCACACAGCAAAACAGCUGAUUAGCCGGGAAGGAAGCCAGGGCCACACAUACACCCAGGAGGCUUGUGUUAGUCGAACGUUUGCAGCCAUCAUGGCCGGUCUUGUGUUAUUGUCGCUGCUGCUGAUUUCCGUUCUACUAACGCCACAGCAAAUAUCGGCCCAACAGUGUGGCCAGGUGCAGGUGCUGAAGCAGGGGCUCAUCUUUGGCGGUACAGCGUCCACGCCCGGCAUGUGGCCGUGGCACGUGGCAGUGUUUCACCGUGAGUCGAUCCGCCGCACCUCGUACAAGUGUGGCGGCACCAUCAUCAACCGGGACACCGUUCUGACGGCGUAUCACUGUGUGGUGGAAAACCAACGACCGAUUGCGGCGGGCCGGCUGGUGGCGCGGGCCGGCCUGUUUGAUCUCGACGUCGGUGGCCCGACCGUGCAGGAAAACCGUGUGUUUGACGUCAUCUCGCCGCCCGGGGCAAGUGCGCGCACGUUCGACGACGACAUUGCCAUACUGAAGAUGCAAACCCAGUUCACGUACGACGACUACGUGCAGCCCGUCUGCAUUCGCUCGGUGCGGCAGGACAUUGGGCAGCUGGUCGGUGCGUACGGGACGGUCGUGGGCUGGGGCUGGACCGAACAGAGCACAACGUCGGCUGAGCUGCGGCAGGCGAACGUACCGGUCGUGAGUGCGGAAGAUUGUCUCGCCAGCGAUCGGAACCUCUUCAGCCAGGUGCUGACGACGAAGGUGUACUGUGCCGGCAGCCGCAACGGUACGUCCAGCUGCAACGGGGACAGCGGUGGUGGGAUGUUCUUCCGAAUGAGCGGUUACUGGUUUCUGCGCGGGCUGACGUCGUUCUCGGCGGUGGACGCCAAGCAGAGCGGUAUCUGCGACUCGCACGGGUACGUUGGGUACACGGACGUGGCGAAGUAUCUCGAUUGGCUGCGUGAGCAGGGCGUCCGGUACGAGGAUCCACUACAGCGCCCGGGCACGGUAAGCAAACCAGUUCCGAGCGAUGGCAGUACGGCGCUGCUCCGCCUGGCGGUCGAUCCGAAGACGAAGAAGUUCUUGCAGCAGCACGGGGGCAACGUGCUGCUGAGGGUGCAGCUGAAUGGCCGGCGGGUGGAGAGUUUGUUUCAAUAAAGCGCGGAAUCGAAGGUGACCUUCGCAGACUAACGGAAGCUCUCCCGUACCCGAACGAUUUUGAUAUCUAGA